AUGGAGUUCCGAAUAGAGUUUGCUGGUGGUUUAGAGCAACUGGUAUACGGGGAGAGCAAAAGUGUCUCUGUUUCCUUUUCAUCUGCCUCCCCGGAUGUGCGUCUAUUUCACGUUGUUUCCUUUGUGGCUCGUCACCUGCUACGCUCCAAGCCCGAGCUCUUUGCAGUUGCCUAUACACCCCAAGACCCAGAGGUGAGUGAGCAGCUGCAUGAGGCGCAGCAACGAGCUGCGGCGACGCCAGCGGCAAGCGAUACAAAGGCAGAGCCGGGAUCCGCGAACCUCAGCAGCACUUCUUUCUCAACGGAGGAUCUAUUACAAGGAUGCAUGAAGGUGCGGGGGGGCGUACUUGCCCUUAUCAACGAAACUGAUGCAGAGAUCUUGAAUGGACCCGAAACACGAGUUCAUCAUGGGGAUACGCUUACCUUCAUCUCCACGUUACAUGGGGGCUAA